UCAGAUUUUUUGCUUUUAGUGUUUUUGUCGUUAAAUUUUUUUUUUGUUUUUGUGGUGUGAUUUUGUUUAAAUACCAAUUUUUUUGCCCAUUAUAGCCGAUCAAAAUGCGGCCAAACAUUUAACAAACAUUCGCCUCUUUAUUUCUCAUUUUCCGAAAGUGCCAAAUGAAAAACAGUGCAGCUUUUUUUCCUCAGUUUUGUUCGGGUGUUGUACAAAUUGAACGUAGAUGACACAAAACAAAGCAAUCGCCAUUUUAGUUCUUCGAAAAUAGAACGAGCUAUUUUUUAAACAAUUUAACAUUGUUGGCAGUGAAUUGAACGAUUUAUUUUGUUAAAAGUGAUUUAUUGAGAAAAUCCGGCAAUAAAUAUGAAAUCAGAAUAGAGAAAUUCAAUGUGUUACAUGAUUAAAAAUAGCCAAACAAACAUUUCUGACCUGAUUGAUUUACAUACAAAAACCAAUGCAAUUGAAGCAGGUCCCAUUGAAAAUGGCAACAGUGAAUUUAAUAUUAUUGUUUUAAUUUGAUGGAAAUAAAAAAAGACGAAAUUAAAAAAUAAAUUCCAAAUUUUCGCUUUAUAAAAAUCGAAUUAAUUUCAUUUUGAAGCGUUUCGUAUUGCACAUGGCGCAACAAGCGAAAGUAAGAUGACACCAGGCAAAGUGACGACAAACGAUAAUGCAUCCAAUGCAGAUUUAUCUGUUUUCGCUGAGGUGUCGCAAAAAGACGACGCGCUCACGAUUGAAGCAAAAGAUAAUAUAAAAAAACCAAUUGUGUCUUCUGAUACUGACAUAUCAAAUUCGAAUGAAAGAAACGAAACGAAAAAUGACACGGCACCAAAGCCCAAACCCAUUGACGAUAAACUUAAACUGGAGACGUCGGAGGAGCAAUUGCUUGGUUCAUUGACAUCGAUGAGUAGUCCGGCGGUACGAACUAGUGCCCGAGUUAUUCAGAAAAUGAAAAUGGAUUCAAUUCGACCCACGACGCCUCCGCCUGACAAAGAGAAAGAAGAACAUCACCGCAAUGCACAGAAAACACCGAAUCAACAUCGACCUUCAAAAACGAUUUGGAGCAAUGUUGAACGCAAUUUAUUUUUUGAUGCUAUUAACGAAUAUGGCAAAGAUUUUGAAUCGAUUGCGAAUUAUAUAAAUGGAAAACAGAAGCGUAAAAAUGCCACCGAUCCCACGUACAAGGCCAAGGAGCACGUUAGAUUACUCUAUUAUCAAACGUUCACAAAAAUUUCCAAAUAUUUACGAUUCUCGGAAGAUGUUACGAAAAAGGUUCAGGAAUUGUAUGCAAUUAUCAAUUACGGUGAAAUGAGAAAGAAAAUUCCCGUUGAUAAUCAAAAGUUUUAUAUGAAAUUGCGUGAAUUGGUAUAUCGUGGCUCGGUAACUUGGCGUGUCAAGGGGAAAAAUUGCCGAAUUAAAACGCCAUCGUGCCCGGCACUGCGCAAAAUCAAUCAAGUUGAAAAAUGGCAAGAGGACAUAAAAUUACCGGCAAAGGUAGAUGUUGAAUUGAGGCCAUCCGAUCAUGAAUCAUGGUAUACGGUACAGAGUUUAGCGCAGAAUCCACGUGUGAAAACGUCGUUACCAUUGCAAAAGAGAUUAAUAAGCCUGAUUAAAACAUUACAACAAAAGUGGAAGAGUCGAGAGGCAAAACUGUGGGGCCAAACAAUAAGCAAUUCAGCUCCGAAGCUGAGUACACAGACCGCAUCACAAGCGCCAAGCUCUUCAGCCGCAUCAACUGUAACACCCACACCGCAAUCAUCAUCUUUAAACGCUUUAGAAACUAGUACAAAUGGCGAUGCGUCGCAAUCAAAUUUACAGUCACAUUUUUCACCAUUUACGGAACCAGUGUUGUGCAUUGCACCUUCACUCGAUGCCACCAUUCAUCGUCCGUACGUUAAUUUAACCGAUUUUUUAAAUAGCUAUAGUAUUUGUUUGAAUUCCUAUGAGGAACGGAUCAAUGCAUCCGUUCGGGGUGAAAGUCUUUGUGUCGAGCACAUAACAAACGUUAAGGAAACAAUCAGAUCAAAUACAAAGCGUCAGCGACAUGACAGCGGUUCGGAGAAGAAAAGUCCCGAUACGAAACGAACAAAGGCAUCUGAUGGUGAUAAAUUUGAUCAUGACAUUAUGAAUAAAAAAUCAAUGUCAUCCACAUCACAAGAUGGAAUGUCAACCACUGAAGAACUGGUGGACGAACGUGAAUUUUCAUCGCCAACCUAUGAGAAUGUUCUGUUCGAAAUUGAAGAUGCAAAUUGUCACAUACCCGAAUCAUCAUCGGCCGAUGAAUGUGAAACGGAAAUCAAUUUAUGGAAUGGCAGCAAAUUCAAAUUUGAAUCGACCGAUGAAAAAAGUGCCGUUGUUGAUGUCAUUAAAAAGGAGUCAACCGAUCAACGAAUUAUCAAUAAACCGACGAAAAAAACCGAAAAUAAAUCACAAUUGGCGAUAAAUAAAAAACGUGACUUGCGAACAACAAAUCGUGAAUCGUUUCGGCCAUUGAUUAACGAAGAGGUUGUACAAAAAAUUCGCAAAGGUUGGACCAUUUUUAAUGUCGGCGAUAUGACUAUUGGCGAUUUGUAUAUUAUGUUUGGACAAGAUUCAAAAGUUCGAUUAGAGUACAAGUGGAUUUCAACGGCUCAACAGGUUGACAUUAAAACGGAACCCAUGAAAAUGCCACACAAAACAGAUGCAUUCGAUGGAAAAGAAAAAGAGGUGUCCGAUGAUGAUAUUAAAUCGGAAAAUGUGAUGACCGGCACUUUAAGCGCCACAAAUAAUAAUGAGAUCGCUGAUACGAAACCGAUUGCCAUCGAUGCCAAGCCCAAGAAUUCGUUGAGCAAUAAAUUGAAACAGUUGCUUCUAUUAGCUGGUAUGAUGGAAAAAACCAAACGGAAAACAAGCUGUGCAUGCGGUCAUUAUUGUGAUCGCGGAAUGAAUAAAAUGAAGCAAAAAGAUGAAGUGUUGCCUCGUAGUUUUAUUUCGAAUAAAACAUAUCAACCGUCGCAUAACGACAGUGCGCUGUUUCGACAACCAGUUUUACCGACGCGCUCAAGCCAUUUUGAACAAUAUCGUAUUAACAUGAAUUCAUCGCGCAGCAAACAAAACCGUUGGAUGAAAGGUCGAAAUAACCGAGCUGCAAAACAAGUUGUAGUUCAACGUAUUCUACCACUGCAACCGGGAAUUUCACAACCGUAUGGAAUGUUGGCAGCGCCUGAUCCAAUUACCUAUUCAAUUGAAAGUUCAGUGAUCAAAUCAUCGACGUCAUCAUCAUCAUCAUCUUCCCCAUCAUCGUCGUCGUCACUCGAAUAUAAAUCAAUUUUAACCGAAGAAAACUUAAGCAGAAUGAAUCACCUAACAGAAGACGCUAGUGCCAACCCAUACAUACGAUCAAUUGAUACAAACUCAAGCAAUAGUUCAACAAUUAAUGCCGACGACAACAACACAACAGACCUUAGCGAACACCAGAAAUGUGAUAGCGGAAUUGAAACCUGUGAUAUAAUCGAUUCUGGCACCAAUAAGCCGGAAUAUUCAGCAUCUGACGCCGAUCAAGUGGAAGAAGUGGACAGUGACGAGGAAGAGAAUAACCGCAUCAGACAAAGGCUAAACGAAGAUCCAGGCAUUCAAAGUCUCAUGGAAAUAUCGCUACCAUCACCCAUUCCAAUGGCUCAUUCAGUGGACGAUUUUUAUUCCGAUGGAGUUGACAGUCAGCCACCAAUAAGCCCGAUGAGAAUACUGCGUGAAUCUCCGGUUCCUUCGGACACAAAAUGGUUUGAAGAAAACAUGAACGACUUUUCAUUGAGCAGUUUUCUGGGACAUUUGGAUUCGAACUGUGAAAGGGGACGCUCGCCUCGAUGUAUUGAAAGUAGCAGCAUGUCAACGAUCAGCGAAACAAGUGUUGACUAUAUGACCAGAUUCGAAGAGUUAACUGAAUCGUUGAAAAACGAACCGAACAAUAUUGUCACGCCAUAGAUAGUUCUUUCCAGAUCAAUUAAGCAGCUAAUUUUUCAUGUUAUAAAAUUUGUUGAGUAUUGAUCCAAAUAAUUUGACUGAAUCACUGGUUUCAAGCACGCAUCAUCAUAUUAACAACGUUUUUGCUUUUAACUGAAGAGAACCCGUUUAUUUACCCAUAUAUUCGUAUGGUUAUGCUCAUUUAACGCAGCAUUAUGUUCAAUUUAUUAUGAUUUUAAAAUGUUUACAAAUAAAAUUCCU